GACCUCGAUAGCGCUCCUGAAGCUUCUACUCCACCUCCAAAUGCUCAACCGAGAAAUCCAGCGUCAACUUUUGACUUCGAGGACCUCUUGUAGAUAACAGGGUUGUAAUGGCUGCUGCAGAAGGUAGCGGUGCUGCUGCUGCGCCAUCGUCCCUGGAUGGUGUUGGAGGCGAUUCUUUACCGGUAAACUUUCAUGGGAAUCUCGUUAGUGCACGCAACAACGAACAGUUUAAGUCGCUGUUGGAUCGGGCCAAGGCGUCAAAGAAGACGACGAUCGUGAGCUUUGGAGCAUCAUGGUGUGUUAUGUGUAAACAAAUGCUCCCGACGUUUUGCAAUCUUAGCAACGAAUACCCGCGAUCGCUGUUCAUCUACGCGGACAUAGACGAGUGCCCGGACGAAACCAAAGACGUGCGCUACACCCCCACAUUCCGGUUCUACUCCAACGGCGACAAAGUGGACGAGUUCUACGGAGUUGGAGCUCAGAGGCUCCGUGAUCGCGUCUGGCUCCACUCUUAGAACUCUCGCGGACAUUACGGAUGACGUGAGAAGAUAAUAAAAUUGUAUGCACAGAAGCGCCAAAA